AUGUCGAGCAAGGAGCACGUUGUGGGCGACUACUCGAAGUACACAUGCCUGCGGGUCGACAAGCCCGGCGAAGGUGUGGCUGAGGUGGUGCUGGCACGGCCCAAGCAGCUGAACACGAUGACCGCCGAGUUCUUUGAAGAAAUCGGUCGCGUGUUCCGUGCGCUCGAUUGCGACCCCGAGGUCAACGCCAUCGUGCUCUGGGCCGAGGGGCGCAUGUUCACCGCCGGCCUCGACCUCAAGGCCGCCGCCUCCUCCUUCAACCCUGACCCGAGCAUGAGCAGGUCGGAGGGCGGGAUCUUCUUCAGGAAGAUCUCCGACCUGUCGCAGAUCCAGGAGUGCACCAAGCCGGUCAUCGCGGCCACGCACGGGCGCUGCAUCGGUGGCGGUGUGGACCUUGUCACUGCGUGCGACGUCAGGCUGUGCACUGAGGACGCGACCUUCUGCGUUGCUGAGACGAAGAUGGCGAUGGUUGCCGACAUCGGCACCCUGCAGCGCAUCACCAAGAUUGUUGGCAAGGGGCUGGCCAGGGAGAUGGUCUUCACAUCGGAUGACAUCAACGCCCAGCGGGCUCACCACUUUGGCCUGGUGAACGAGGUGUACAAGGACAAAGACGAAUUGUUGGCCAAGGCAAGGGCCAUGGCCAAGCGGAUCGCCUCCCAUUCGGCAAUGGUCGUACAGGGCGCGAAGAUAGUGCUCAACUACUCGGACGAACACACCGUCGCCGAAGGCCUCGAGUACGUCGGUCUCUGGAACGGCAACUUCAUGCAGAGUGACGACCUGACGGAGGCGAUGAUGUCCUUCAUGGAGAAGAGACCGCCCAAGUUCAAGAACAGGCUGUGCUUCCUAGCGGGCCGAGAAAAGAAGACCGACCGGACCCUCUCUCGAAAGUUGCUCCCCUGA